CUCCUACAGGAAGAAUAAUGAUCUUAGUGAAGAUGGGGAAGAUGAUGCGUAAAGUCGUAACUUUAUGUCUACUGCUAUGCCUGAUUCCACUCUUAGCUGUGACACAGGCACAAAGUAUUGAUGAAGAAGUCAAAGAACGUUUGGAAGUUCUGGACUGUACCAACACAACAUGUUACACGAUAAAAGCGAAUGGAUUUAUAAAAACAUCCUGGAACCCAUAUAGUAGUUCAUCGUGUCAAUUAUAUGGACUGACACCAGCUAAGCCUACUGACGAAGAUACAGCGAAAUUCCUCAUGAAUUUAGCAAAGAGGACAAUAACUGAUGAUUAUCCCGUGUGGCUUAGUCUGUCUCAAGAAGAGACAGUAAACAAUUCAGCUUUCAUUAAUCUCUGGGGAACUUAUCAACCACAAACAGUAGUAGAUGGGAAAGUGGCAAUGAAGAGAAAAUCUGGUUUUAAGUGGGAGAUAACUAAUCCCUCUACUGAAGGUUGGUCACUCUGUGAAAUUCCUAAAGGUAUGUCAAAACACCUCUGGUAUAUUUCAGGUAUCUUUGUGUAA